AGCGUCAGAGGCUUCAGGGGCUUUCACGUAUAGGGCGUUUAUAUUUACAGACGUGCUUCACUGAUGCGAUAUUUCAUCGCGCGCUUUUUGGUAGCGAAGGAGUAAAACGAGUUAAUUGAACGCAAAAAUACGUACUAGGGUGAGGUAAGAUGAUGUUUUUUGUUUUAAACCGAGCCAGUAAGUCUUAUUAAGCGUUCAUCUCUCUCUCAGUUUCUUUAUCUCGCCUCAAGUCUGGAAAGCAGUCAGCGUCACAUCGUUUUCACUCUUGAAAGUUUUCUCUUUAGGUCGGAUUUAAAUUUAAUUUAAAUGUAAUUUAAGUUACCUAACAGCCAAAUAUCUGCUUCAGCUGCGGAAAAAAAACUUUUUCUAUCGAAAACUGCGUGAGAAGACUGUAGAAAACUGAGACAUGCAGCCAUUUUGGAGCUUGGGGGAUUGGAGGUUCGUAAUCGACCUCUCUCAAAAUGAAUUAACACUGAACUAGCUCAUUUAAUUGGGAGGAUCUGAAGCCAGGAGUUCAUCAGUAUACAACUUGCAAGAGCAUUUUCAGUCAAUAAUUGUAAGUUCAUUAAAAAACACGUACCUUUUCAAAAACUAUUGGCAAAGGAGCCAACAUUAUAAAUAAUCGUCUUAAGUUCACUGUUGUAACGUCGUUCCACAGGAGUACAGUGAUUUUAGUCAUUGCGAGGUACCUGUUUUACAGAUAAAUCCUAGAUAAGUUCUCUAUUUUAAUAGAGAAACUUAUCAAAGUAUCAAUAAACCCAAUUUCCGCUUUCUACAGUUAGCGAAGAAAGAAUCAUAUUAUUGUUUGCGUUAAAACAGCGUCUUCUAGUGUUUUUCUUUUUUCCAAGAAAUCCUCUUGUUUGCGCGUGACAAUCCCACUUUAUUUCGUACAUCGACACUUUUUAAAGAGAAAAAAAUGAAAUCCAAAUAGUUCAUAAGAGUUAGAACAGUCCCGAGUUUCCAUGCUAUCAGUCAAGAGCAAUAUACUGUCAAAGAACAACUAAAACAAAAAAUUACACUCCACCCGCCCCGCUAUAUAUGCACACAAAUAAAAAGCGAUCAUAUUCCUCGAUUUCUCGGAAUCCAUCGAUUCGUCUGUUUGCGCUAUUUCAUCGCGCGCCUUGGUAGCAAACUUAAGGAGUAAAACGAGUUAAUUAAACGCAAAAAUACGCACUAGAGUGAAGGAAGAUGACUUUUCUUGUUUGUACGUGCCCGUAAGUCUUAUUAAGCGUUCAACUCUCUCUCACUCUCUUUAUCUCUCUUCAUUCUUCGAUGCAGUCAGCGUAAGUCACACGGCAGUUUGUACUCUGAUCUUGAACGUUACGUUUUCUCAACGAAUCCCUGUUCUGUCGAAAACGAAAGGUGACUGUGGAAGUAAGAGAUUUUGAAAGUUUUACCGGUAGCACGGGCUUCGACGAAUAAGUAUAUUGUAUAUUGAGAAGUUUUAGUUGGCUAUGUACACAAUUGUAUCCAGAAAUGAGAUGCUGUUUUCAGAGAGUUCUUCUGCGAAUUUAAUAGUAGCGUGAUGGUUAUUUGCUUUAAUUUUAAUAAAGUGUGUCAUAAAUUGUUCGCUUCUGGUAUCCCAGAGAGAGAAGAUGUGGUCUGAUCUAUAUUAACCAUUUCCAACAGAUUGGCUUUUUUUCGUUUUUGUUUAAUAGUUAAAUGUUUCUACUUUCACCAUGAAGAUAUUUGCGAAAGCAACAGUGACCUUUGUUCCCAUCGCUGUCCUAUGUGUCUGAAGAUAGUUUUUUUUCUAUGCUUGAAAUUGGAAUGAAUUUUCUUCUAAGCGCUCGAGUCUGAGCGCCCGUUCAAGUGACUGUGUUGGAAUCGGAGGUCUAUGAUAGUCUGGUAGUAAGUAUAUUCAUGGUAAGGGAGAGAAACACAGCCCAUUAACUUUUUUAACCAAAGCCAGCAAAACCAAUGCAAGGCGCCAAGGAAAUUAACUCGAUCAGCCCAAAGAGCGCCAAUAUUAAAUAGGCAAGGUUUUGCUGAACUGUUUUAAUGAUCUUUAUAAUCACUUCAAAUAUAAUUCAGAAUUCAGUGUAGCCUGACAUCAUCCUAGCUACGGAAUGUUCAGGAGUACAAACCAGAAAAACCAUAGAAAUAGAUACCAAUGCCUUACGCUUAUAAGAAAAAUUUUCCCACAGUUGUUACGUUACAUAUUCAGCCAAAAAAAAGAAAUAUGCAGCAACCUGUCAUUGGUCAGCAAUUUGAACAUGACAAGUCACAAGGCCAUGUCCCGUUAAACCAGCCAGUUGUGCCUGUCACUGGCCAGCCAGUUUUGGCCCCCUCUGCCACAGGACAGCCAGUUAUAGCCAUGCCUGUUUCAGGCCAAUCAGUUCUGGCCGCCCCACCUCCUGGCCAGCAGAUGAUGUACCAAGUACCUCCUGGGCAACAACAACCAGUAUUUGUACAAGCCAUUCCUGGUCAGCAUGUGAUGUUACCACAGGGAUCGCCUAUACAAUACUAUGUUCCUCCUGGAGGACAGCCCGCUGUCCAACAACCUCAACAGGUCCAGAUGCUUCAACCAGUUCAGGGGCAGGGGGUCCCUGUUCAGCCCCAGCCUCGUCAGGAUCCAGAAAUGGCACCAAUAACAAUUAACAAAGCUUACUUAAGGAGCCACCUAGGUGUUUCAAGAGUCAGUGAAUUGGUAAGUAGCAGUGCCAUAUAGGUGAAUCUUUGUUCACACUUUUUGCCUCGUUAACAUAUGCUUAUCACUACUGAUGCCGCUAAUAAGACAAAAACUCUGAAUAUUGAAAGGGCAUAGUUUCAGUUAUCUCUGAAAGUUUGAGCCCAAUAAACGGAAUGGUUUCGGAUAAAUUCUCUUCUAAAAACUCGAAAUUUUUACAGAGAAUGUAUGGCUCAUUAACUUUUUUGUGAAAAGGUUGAACCCAGGAGUCAUUUCAAAGCAGGUUGUGUUUGAUCGUCUGGGUGAACGUAGUCCUGAAUAGGACUGUUAAGUUGUUGUUGACAGUGACUGACGUUUCGACAACCUGUGCGGUAGUCAUUUUCAGAGUCAAAGUGAGUUAUAACACGUCAGUUGAUGGUAUUAUACUCUGGUUGUUGAUCUGAUUGGUCAAUUACGUCGCGAUGUUAUUGGUCGUCUGUCAGUUAAGCCGUGAUGUUAUUGGCUAUGAAGACUCGUAAUCAGUAAUUGGUGCGUUUCGAUCCGUCUAUUGUCACAGUUAACAGUCGUCUAUUGUUAGUCGCAGCAUUUGAUCUUUUACACUGCUCCCUGUCUGCACCGGAGGACAGACUUUAGAAAGCUGGUUUACUAACUUAGAACAAACGCCACUGAAUCGUAGCCAACAGUUACCAGCGCCGUACAAACGAGUAAUUCAGGGGCACCCAACGACAAUUUUCGGAAAAAUAUCUGUUCGGAAGACGAUUUGAGAUCUAGAAUUUUCGGAACAUUUGUUGUAAAAUUUCUUGUUUGCCUGCCUCUCCUAGGAUUUUCGGACAUCUAAAAAUUGGAAUAAUUGCCUAUUUUUAACUGAUUUUCACCCUAAAAAGGUCACCUAGAAUUUUCGGGAGUCUUAUUUCUGGCUAAAACUUUCGAAAGGUAAGUUUUGAUCCCUAUAAUUUUCGGAUCACUAGACUUUCAGCUAGGAAAUCCGAACAGAUGAAAAAUGUUUAGGGGAUAAAAAUAUGCCUAUAUCAACCGUUUAAAUACUAAAAUACGUUUAACAAGCUAUGUUUAAGUGGUUUUGAACUAUAUUCUCGUUGGGUGCCCCUGGCUAUUGACGAAAUCAAGCAAAACUAACUACGAGAGAACGACUGGAGAACUGACAAUUUGACUAACAAUAGACGACUGUUAAACUGUCACAAUAGACGGAUCGAAACGCACCAAUUACUGAUUGGAGUCUUCAUAGCCAAUGACAUCACGGCUUAACUGACAGACGACCAAUAACAUCGCGACGUAAUUGACCAAUCAGAUCAACAACCAGAGUAUAAUACCAUCAACUGACGUGAUACAACUCACUUUGACUCUGAAGAUGACUACCGCACAGGUUGUCGAAACGUCAGUCACUGUCAACAACAACAGUCCUAUUCAGGACUACGUUCACCCAGACGAUCAAAUGCAACCUACUUUUGAUUAACUUUUUUGCUACCCAGCAAUUUCGCAGUUUUUGAUGGCUGAUAUGUCCUUCAAUAUUACUUGCAAAGAGCUGAAAAUUGCACAACUUAAUCAGCUCUUUCAAUUUUUGCAUUUUGUUUAUGAUAUACGGCGUCGGCUCCUAUGAGUUAAGUCAUAUGCUAAAGAGGAAAAAUGUAAACAAUGACGUCAGCAAAGAUUCUCCUUUAUAGAACGUUUUUAUUCAAAUGACUUUAUGGGCCGAGAAGGUAAAGCUAUCAUUUCUUCUAUUUCAUUUCCAGCAUCACUGUGAGCAUCUACUUUGUUGUGUCAGCUGCCAGAAUUCUUUUAUAAUUUAUUUUUUGACUUGCCCAUUCAUUUAUUGAUUUACUCAAUCAGGUGAAAAUAAAUUAGGAAAAUCGGACCCGUACUUCGUGUUCCCGGCUUCUUAUAAAAGACGAAUCCACCUUUUUAUUCAAUCAGGGAAAAACCCAAAGCAGUCGGCGCAAGUACGCGUGUUUUUUCUUUCCGCCCUUUCUAUUGGCCGCUUGCAUUUGCUUCAAUCUCCUAUUGGCUGAUUGGACUGUCCGUGUUUGUGUAACUGGCCGGAGGGUUUUCAAACCCUAUUGGCCAAGGCAUUGAUACUUUUAACCAUAAAUCAUCGACGCUUUGAAAUAAAACGGCAUGCCCCCUAAACAACAAUGCACUGGCCAAAACUAGACCCUAAGUCGUGGUCAGAAACAGUUACGGAUCUCAAUUCCAUUUCUGUUUGUUUUUAAGCUGAUUCUCCUAGGGGCUUGGGUUUGUAUCGUCAUCUACUCAAAAAGAACUUUCAGUCUUGACGGACGAGCGAAUUUCUUCAGAGGAAUCACCAUAUUCUGUUGGGUGAUGGCCAUUAUAUACAAUAUUGUUUAUAUAUUUGGCCUCAACAAAAGCAAGGCGUGCUUUGGGCAACCAUCAAACUUUACUAUCAUGGUAAGUAACCUGAAACUAUUACGUAAAAUAUACGUAAACAUUAACUGCGAUCAGACGGUCGUCGUUCUUCCCAGAAAAGGAGAACAUAAGCAUCGAUGACGAAUCGGUGAGACGAAAUUAGACGACGACGCCGAACGGAAGUGAAAUUUUUCCACGCGAACCUUCAGCGCCUGGGUAAGGUUGUCAAAACGUCCUCCCAAGUCGUUAGAGAGGUUUGCCGUUCUCACUAAAACGAAGGUAUAAAAUUGUGUUUUAUGCUUGUAAAUCAUCCUUUUUCCUUUUGUUAUCAAAGGACGCCUGAUCGAAGGUUUAACCUAAGCAUACUUUUGGAUCUCACUCUGUGCCCAUGAACACCCAGGAUGAAUAAAAAGCCUUCAAAACAAGGUCGUGCUCAUCUUUUACUACCUGUCAGUGACCUGUUUAAAUUGAAAAAGAAUUUUGAUACUAGUAUGCAAGUUAUUACCUCUGACAGGUCGUCUAUGCUAACCUGCGGCUUGACAUAUGUAAGACAAGAUACGAAAAGAAGAUUUAUUUCACUCAGCUCGGUUUACAUGUCACAAACAUUGAAAAAAAGACAAAAAUAUACAAUUUACAAGAGUAAAAAAAAUAAAAAUUCAGUACCAUCUAGACAAAGAGUGAGUUGGGAUCAUCCAAAUAGAUAACCCCCAAAAUACAAUUAACACACUGACACAGAAUAAUAGAAUCUAAUUGUUCAGUUGUGUUGUCGCUUUUUUUAUAAAGAGUAUUUCUUCACGCUAUAUUACUAUUUGGUGAUGAAUUCCACUAUCUGUUGAAAUGUACCCACUCAUCACUUUCUCAUAUAAGGGGUAUCUUCUUGGAGAGCCUAUACUCGAUAAACAGCAAUUUUACGAAUAUGUCCUGCAAGGCAAUAUUUUUAUAUAUGAUGUCCAUGUGCGAUCAAAACAUCUUAAAUCUCAGUGCCUCUUACACUGAAAAUAUUCUAAAUUGCUAUGCAUCCGAACUCUAAUUAAACUUUCUUACCAUACGAGUAGCGUAGAAGUCGUACAUAGCCAAGUAAUUUUUUCUUUUAUGAUAAUAUUCAAUUGUUCCUUUCUUUCUUACUUAACCUUUAUUUUACUUUUUCCAUUUGUUUUUGUUUUGGUACUGAAAUCUUAAUGUCGAAGAUAAAGUCAAUAAAGUUGUUGUUAAAGCUAUUUAAAGACAGAUGAAUAUUUAAUUACUAUAACAACUAAGCAUACAGUUCUUCAGGGCUUUACAAAACAGUUUCAGAGAGCUCAAACUCCUUUAAUUUGAAAGGAACGUAUUAUUUAAUGCCAUUCAUUGACUAGAAGCGAUAACGACAACUCUUCAGUCACUCUGAACAUAAAUUAAAGGAAGCAACAGCAUAUUAAACGUAACGGUCAGAAAUCUUCGAAGAAUUGGAUUAAACCUCAGCUAACGCUAUUUCAAUUAUAUAAUGAACAGCAAUUUAAACUGUUUUCAACACUCUUUAACAAUAGUUAUUCUUAUCUUUUGUAGUCCUUAGCCCUGCAAGUCCUUUUGACAAUUCUCCUGAUAUCUUGUACAGCCAGCCUGACUGUCCGCGCUGUACAGCUCUCCAAAUGGUUUGGGGAAAGCUCACAUGACUCUACCGGCAUGUAUUACAAAUCGAUGGUUGACGAGUACAAAAUAAACGCCGCAAUCGUUAUAGUGGCCUUGGUAAGUCGAUAUUUAUAUCAAAGACUGAGGACCCUUUUCGCCAAUUCUAUUUUUCUAUCUGUUAACAAAUUAAAGCCUUUUCUUCGGGUUCAGUCUGACCAACCAAGUUUUGAUUUCUUCCCCAAGUCCGGUGCCACAGGCACACUUGCGCGAUGGGAAAAUUAAGCCGCGCAAAUUCCUGAACUCACACAAGUGAGUCCGCUCGCAGGCUAGAGUUAAAAUAUACAUUUUAUUUGAAGACUUUAAUACAGGAUUAGCUGACUUAAACUAGUUACUAAGCUGAAAGCCACUUGGUGGAAGUAUCUUGUUGCUAUGCAUACAUGUAUAACCUUCUAAUUAACAAUUAUUCCUCGAGCCGGCGAAUGCGGCUCCGAGUCAAUAGCCCAUGAGACCGAAGGCCGAAUGAGCUAUUGACUCAGAGGCCAUGAGUGCGAGAGGAAUAAUUGAUUUAGUAAAAUCCAACUAAUUGGUCGAAAAUAUCGAGAAUAAAAAAAUUUUAGCUCGUUAAAGCUAGACUUUAACCCUUUCUUGCCGCCAAAGUUGAAGCCCGCGCUUUUCGCUACUUGUGGGCUAUAACAGAUAGCCUAUUAUAAAAUGACUAAGAUAGUACGCGCGCUCUGAUUGGCCGAGAGGAGUGUUUGCAUGAGAGUAUGUAAACAUGGUUGUGGCGUCAAGUUGUUUGGCUUUUCGCGCGCUAAUCACGCGAGCACGAAUUUGAAAAAGUUUUCGAGUUCAAAACUCGACAAGUUUACUUUAUUCACCCAUUCCUUCGUCGCCUGAAACAUGGAAAAUCGUUACAAAGAAAGUGAGUCAACUUUUCUUCGCUUAAGCUGACAUUUUAAGCGAGAAAAAUCCGUAUUUUGCAAAGCAUCUUAUUUGCAAAACAAAGACUGAUUACGCGUACAAGCUUCGUGUACAAGACUUCGCGACUAGUAAGAAUUUCUCUUUUAAUCAAUGCCCUCAGCAAGAGCGUUUUGCUUUUUUUUCUCGGGAAAGUUAUUUUAUAAAAGCAAUAGAAAACUUUUUUCCUGUGUUUGCAUAUCCUGAUAUAAACACUCAAGGGGUUGGGAGAAUUCGAGACAGUUAUGCAAACCCGAGACGAAGUCGAGGGUUUGCAUAACUGUCUCGAAUUCUCCCAACCCCUUUCGUGUUUACAUCAGGCUAUGCAAACACGGAAAACGUUUUCUAUUGCUUAAGUAAUAGCUCAGCCUAUCAGAACGCAGCAUUGAUAAUAGACCACUAGCUGGAUAUCACUGCCUUGUCUAACAGAUAUUUGGCUACUUGGCUUGUUUGGAAUUCUUGAACGACAUUCACUACCUGGUUAUCAUAUUCCGGCAAGAAAGAGCCCAGGAAGCUGGAGGGGGUCCUUCACAGUUGGCUCAGCAGCCAGGCAACAUUGAGCAGCCACAGGUUGUUACUGUAAUCACUCAGCCCACAAACCUGUCACAGGCAACCCAACAGGAGACGCCAAAAACAAAAGAGGACUCACAGCUGUAA